ACACGAUUCCAUUAGAAUGGCGAUUAGAAAGGUCAACAAGUGACAGGCGUGAAGGGUGGUAGGUAGAAUGAAGAAGACAGCGGCAUCGGAACACGCGUCGCAAAUCUAGCUACUCGGAGGAUGAGUUAAUUAGGUGCACGUGUCAUGAUUCAAACGAACAUUUUCCAUUGUUGAACUUUGACAGAACUUUCAGUUCUAGUAGUCUCUUCUCCUCUUGAAAAGCGCAUUUCAGUUGGAUUAGAUCUAAUCCCAUCAUGUCAGAAGAAGUAGUGCAAAACAAGAAGGUUACGUUCAAAGGCUACAUAGAUGAUGUUCCCAAAGAAACCGAUAUGGAACUCAAGCUUUCAAACAUUGAGCUCAACCCUCCGCCGCAAGGCUCGGCAGCAAUUCUCGUGAAGAACCUUUAUCUCUCUUGCGAUCCAUACAUGCGAGGUCGCAUGCGUGAUUUCCACGGAUCUUAUAUCCCUCCUUUUGUCCCUGGCCAGGCACUUGAAGGAUUUGGUGUGUCUAAAGUUAUACACUCUGAUCAUCUAGAUUACAAGCCUGGUGAUUUGAUUACCGGGUUCACUGGCUGGGAAGAGUAUAGCCUCAUCCAGAGAACACAGCAGCUCAGAAAAAUUCAGCCUGAUGAUCGCAUUCCUCUCUCCUUCCAUGUUGGUCUUCUUGGAAUGCCAGGUUUUACUGCAUAUGCAGGAUUUUUUGAGGUUUGCAGCCCAACCAAAGGAGAAUAUGUUUUUGUAUCUGCAGCAUCUGGUGCGGUAGGUCAGCUUGUAGGCCAACUUGCAAAGAUGCACGGUUGCUAUGUCGUUGGAAGUGCUGGAUCAAAGGAAAAGGUUGACCUUCUAAAGAAUAAGCUUGGAUUCGAUGAAGCUUUUAACUACAAAGAAGAGUUAGACCUGAAUGCGGCUCUACAAAGGUAUUUUCCACAAGGCAUUGACAUCUACUUUGACAAUGUGGGUGGGGACAUGCUUGAUGCUGCUCUCCUUAACAUGAGGAUUCAUGGUAGAAUUGCAGUUUGUGGGAUGGUAUCUCAGCAAAGCCUUUCCAAGCCCAAAGGAAUAUACAAUUUAUUCAACCUCAUCUCAAGGCGCAUCAGAAUGCAGGGUUUUUUGCAAAGUGAUUACUUGCAUCUAUACCCGCGCUUUUUGGAAGACGUCUCAAAUUAUUACAAGCAGGGAAAGAUUGUGUACAUUGAAGACAUGAAUGAAGGCUUGGAAAGUGCUCCAUCUGCUUUCGUUGGACUUUUUCAUGGCAAGAAUGUGGGUAAGCAAGUCAUUCGUGUUGCCCAUGAAUGAUUUUUAGAGUAUCGUACUAGGCACUGCUAGCUGAAGACUGAUAUGUUUUAAGCAUAUUUUGUUGAGUUUUUUGGAUUUACUUGAACUGCGGCUUGGCCUUACUCUAUCACCUUCUACCUUUUGGAGAAAAUGUAAACUUUGUAAUAUGCCUAAAUUAUCUAGAAGAUAAAGUAGCUUCAUUGGGUA